AAUCUUAACACUACAACUACCACUCUUUCUACUACCAAAUCAUACGUUCCGACCAUUCGACCGACCGUCACGAUAUCCACGAUACCCGACGUAAUAUAAUUGAUAAAUAGAGGGGAUUUGAAUCUGUUACUAUCUAAGAAGGGUGACAAAAAGCGCCAAAUCAUAGGCAUCCUCUUUUCUCCCGCCCGCUGCCCAGUAUGUUUCGGGGAACAGCAGUCGGUCCAUAUGACGAAGUAAUCGCUAAGGCGACCGACGAGAACCUCACCUCGGAGGACUGGGGAGCUAUUAUCGAGGUCUGCGACAAAGUAACCAGUGAUCCUAAUGGGCCCAACCAAGCAGUUCAGAGCUUGAUCAAGCGCCUGGCGCAUCGCAAUGCCAAUGUUCAGCUCUACACCCUCGAGCUCGCAAAUGCGCUAUCGCAAAACUGCGGCAAAAGCAUGCAUCGCGAGCUCGCCAGCCGCGCCUUCACCGAUGCCCUAUUGAAACUCGCCAACGACCGCAAUACCCACCAACAAGUCAAGGUUAAGGUCCUCGAAAGAACCAAGGAAUGGUCCGAUAUGUUCAGUCAAGAUGCAGACCUUGGCAUCAUGUACGACGCCUAUUACCGUCUCAAGCAGAGCAACCCGACAUUGCAACCACCCUCAGCUCCGCAGAAGACUGGUCUUACCGACCUAGAUCGCCAGAAGGAGGAAGACGAGCUCCAGAUGGCGCUUACGCUAUCGCUACAGGAAGAGGAGAGGAAGAAGAUCCCUCAACCUGGUCCCUCUGUCGCGGGACCAAGCUCAGGGGCAGGACCGAGUGCGGCGACUAGUCAGGCUGAACCGAUACUGUCUCAUCCGACCGGAACAACGGCAGCUACUGUAUCACGAGUUCGCGCCCUCUACGAUUUCGUGCCGUCCGAACCUGGCGAACUUGAGUUUAAGAAGGGCGAUAUCAUCGCCGUCCUCGAGUCCGUCUAUAAGGACUGGUGGCGAGGUUCAUUGAAAGGUCGAACUGGCAUUUUCCCUCUGAACUACGUCGAGAAGCUUGCAGACCCCACUCCCGACGAGCUCCAACGCGAGGCGCAAAUGGAGGCCGAAGUCUUUGCUGAAAUCAAGAACGUCGAGAAGCUGCUUACCUUGUUAAGCACGUCCAAUGCGUCGCCAAGAGAAGAGGAUAACGAGGAAAUAUCGAAACUCUACCACCAAACUCUGGCCAUUCGACCUAAAUUAAUCAAGCUAAUAGAAAAGUACUCUCAAAAGAAAGAAGACUUUACCCAGCUAAAUGAGAAAUUCAUUAAAGCCAGAAGAGAUUAUGAAUCGCUCUUAGAAUCUUCAAUGUCUCACCCACCCCAACCGAACUACCACCAAUAUGCACCGAGACCGAUCAUGAACCACGGGUAUGGAGUUCCGGGGGGUCCCGGUCCGGGACCGGGCUUUGCGCCUCAGGGACCACCACCUGGACAGCAAGAGCCCCAAAGAUAUUAUACGCCUGGGCCUCAAGGGCCUCCUCCACAAGAGCAAACCCAAUACCAGGCUACAUCUCCGCCUCCUACCUUUCAACGGCCAACGCCCGCCCCUGCUCCGUUCUAUCUACAGGGAGCAGAGAUUCCGCCUCAGGCGAACCAACCACCACCUCAACAAUAUCCGCCCAGAGACCAACCUUCGCGGAUAGCAAUGGGAAAGCAGCCAGCACCUAUACAAACCUCGUCACCUCCCCCGCAAACCUACCAGGCAUAUUCCCAGCCUCCCCCGCAAAUGGGACAGCGGCCUCAGAGUACUUACGGCAACCCCCAAGAAUUAGCUACGUCCGCGUACGACUCUCCCGUGGCGACUCACAACCCAGGCCGUAGCGACCCUUAUUCGGCAUCCGUCUACUCCCAAGAGGAUCCUUAUGCAUCGAGCCCAACCGCUCCGGCGCCAAGCGCUCCUGUCUUACCCCCUCCCUCGGCUCCCUCCGCCCCCUCGGCCGCCGUGCCCACACCCCUUGCUAUUGCCUCCCACCCCUCGCAGCCGUCACAGCCGUCGCAGCCGCAGUACUCGGCAUAUAACCCGAAUGCCCAUCGUCAAGAUUCUUACGAUGCAGGUGCUCCUCCCCCGCAGCCCACCGGCUCGGCACCGCCAAUUCCAGUUCAGCCGCCCCCUAACGUUCUGACGCCACCCCCACUACACCCAAGCGGGCCAGCGUUCGAUGCUAGGCACAGCUUGCCGAGCCAGGCUACACCGGGAAACGUUGGCGUAGGGCCCCAGUAUAAGGCGUAUGUGCCUCCUAGCAACGAGCCAAGUGCGCCGCAGGACUUCUAUAGGCAGGGUGCUGCUUACUGAGAGCGAUUCAAGGGGGGAGGGGUUGAGUGACGAUGAUGAAAUUCGGUGAUAAGGGGUAAGGGACGUAGAAUGUGAGUUGAGAGAAUUGAAGGCUGGUGACAUACCUGUAUCGACUAGGCUUUUGAUGCAUUGAUGCAUGCACAUGUAGGGUUUAGUUGGUCGCUUGGUACCUAGGUCAUUAGGGGAUACCCCAGAAAGGGGAGCGGUUCCUACUCGAUGUGCUGGGAUCUUGGGAGUUUAGUAGAUAAGAUAAUGGAAGUGGUAACAUAUCAAACAAGCAAGCAUGCGUGUUAUUGUCAAGAUGCAAUGGCGAGGGAGGUGAUCGGUUACUUGGUUGAGUGUGAGGUAAAAUAGCGGCGGUGCUCUUCAAUGUUGCGGGUUUAACUUGUGGAUAUGUAGGUUGGUUCAGUAGGACGAAGGUUACACCA